CCCCUCCCCUCCCCUCCCCUCUUCCUUCUAGAACCCUCCCACCAGCGUCGGCGGCGGCGGCAGCGUCGGCGUCGGAGAUGAGCGUCUGGAACUACGUCGUCACGGCGCACAAGCCCACCAGCGUCACCCACUCCUGCGUCGGCAACUUCACCGGCCCCAGCCAGCUCAACCUCAUCGUCGCGAAAUGCACCCGUAUCGAGAUCCACUUGCUUACUCCUCAGGGCCUUCAGCCUAUGAUUGAUGUUCCCAUAUACGGCAGAAUUGCAACGCUUGAGCUCUUCCGCCCACAUAAUGAGACUCAGGACUUCCUUUUUAUUGCGACUGAAAGAUACAAAUUCUGUGUUCUGCAGUGGGAUGGAGAAAAAUCAGAACUUCUCACUAGAGCGAUGGGAGAUGUUUCUGAUCGCAUUGGUCGCCCUACGGACAAUGGACAGAUUGGGAUCAUUGACCCUGACUGUAGACUUAUUGGUCUUCACCUCUACGAUGGGUUGUUUAAGGUUAUACCAUUUGACAACAAAGGGCAGCUGAAGGAAGCUUUCAAUAUCAGGCUUGAAGAACUUCAAGUUUUGGACAUCAAAUUCCUGUAUGGCUGUGUUAAACCUACAAUAGUUGUCCUCUACCAGGAUAACAAAGAUGCAAGACAUGUUAAGACAUAUGAAGUUGCAUUGAAGGACAAAGACUUUGUUGAGGGUCCUUGGUCGCAGAACAAUUUAGACAAUGGUGCUGGUCUGUUAAUACCUGUACCAGCUCCACUUGGUGGUGUCAUAAUUAUUGGUGAGGAGACAAUAGUUUACUGCAACGCCAAUGCUACAUUUAGAGCUAUACCAAUCAAACAGUCAAUCAUAAGAGCUUACGGACGGGUUGACCCAGACGGUUCACGUUAUUUACUUGGUGAUAAUACAGGCAUAUUGCAUUUACUUGUCCUUACCCAUGAACGAGAAAGGGUAACUGGUCUGAAAAUCGAAUGCUUGGGAGAGACUUCAAUUGCAUCAUCAAUAUCAUAUCUUGACAAUGGCGUUGUCUAUGUUGGUUCUCGAUUUGGUGAUUCACAGCUUGUAAAACUGAAUCUCCAAGCUGAUGCCAAUGGUUCAUAUGUUGAAGUUCUUGAACGAUAUGUGAACCUUGGACCCAUUGUGGACUUCUGUGUGGUUGACCUUGAUAGGCAGGGGCAAGGUCAGGUUGUCACUUGUUCAGGUGCAUUUAAAGAUGGUUCCCUUAGGGUGGUUCGGAAUGGGAUUGGUAUCAAUGAGCAGGCUUCAGUAGAACUCCAAGGAAUCAAGGGUUUAUGGUCAUUGAAAUCUUCCUUCAAUGAUCCAUAUGACAUGUAUCUUGUUGUGAGCUUUAUAAGCGAGACAAGAUUCUUGGCUAUGAACAUGGAAGAUGAGUUAGAAGAAACUGAGAUAGAAGGCUUUGAUGCACAGACUCAGACUUUGUUUUGCCAAAAUGCUAUCAGUGAUCUGCUUAUACAGGUUACUGCUAAUUCUGUUCGUCUGGUUAGUUGUACCUCUCGGGAGCUAGUGGAUCAAUGGAAUGCACCAGAAGGAUUUUCAGUCAAUGUUGCAUCAGCUAAUGCCAGUCAGGUUUUGUUGGCAACAGGUGGUGGCCAUCUUGUUUACCUAGAAAUUAGGGAUUCUAAGCUGGUUGAAGUGAAACAUAUACAGUUAGAACAUGAGAUUUCCUGUGUUGAUUUGAACCCAAUAGGGGAUAAUCCACAGUAUAGCUCUCUGGCUGCUGUUGGGAUGUGGACUGAUAUAAGUGUUAGAAUACUUUCACUUCCAGACCUUGAAUUAAUCAGGAAGGAAAAUUUAGGUGGAGAAAUCGUUCCUCGGUCUGUUCUGCUUUGUACCUUGGAAGGGGUGUCAUAUUUGCUCUGUGCUCUUGGAGAUGGUCAUCUGUUCAGUUUUCUGUUGAAUGCAAGUACGGGUGAAUUAACUGAUAGAAAGAAGGUUUCUCUUGGCACCCAACCAAUAAGCCUUCGUACAUUCUCAUCAAAGGGUACAACCCAUGUGUUUGCUUCAUCAGAUAGACCAACUGUCAUUUAUAGCAGCAAUAAGAAGUUGCUGUAUAGCAAUGUCAAUUUGAAGGAAGUCAACCAUAUGUGUCCUUUCAAUACAGCUGCUAUUCCUGACAGCCUUGCAAUUGCCAAAGAAGGUGAACUCUCAAUUGGAACCAUAGAUGACAUCCAGAAGCUUCACAUCCGUACAAUCCCCUUGAAUGAACAAGCACGUCGCAUUUGCCAUCAAGAACAGUCGAGGACGCUAGCAUUCUGCAGCUUCAAGCACAACCAGACUAGUAUAGAGGAAAGCGAGACACAUUUUGUUCGUCUUUUAGAUCAUCAGACUUUUGAGUUUCUGUCAAUUUAUCAGCUCGAUCAAUAUGAGCAUGGUUGCUCCAUCAUUAGUUGCUCAUUCUCAGAUGACAAUAAUGUUUAUUAUUGUGUGGGAACAGCAUAUGUUUUACCGGAGGAAAAUGAACCAACAAAGGGCCGGAUCCUUGUAUUUGCAGUUGAAGAUGGCAGACUGCAAUUAAUCGUAGAGAAAGAAACUAAAGGAGCUGUCUAUUCGCUAAAUGCAUUCAAUGGGAAAUUGUUGGCAGCUAUCAACCAGAAGAUUCAACUAUAUAAGUGGAUGCUACGGGAGGAUGGUUCACAUGAGCUGCAGUCGGAGUGUGGCCAUCAUGGGCACAUAUUGGCUUUAUACACUCAGACUCGUGGCGAUUUCAUUGUAGUUGGAGACUUGAUGAAAUCGAUAUCCUUGCUUGUGUACAAGCAUGAGGAAAGUGCGAUUGAAGAGCUUGCUAGGGAUUACAAUGCAAACUGGAUGAGUGCAGUUGAGAUGCUUGAUGAUGACAUCUAUAUUGGAGCAGAGAAUAACUACAACCUUUUCACUGUGCGCAAGAACAGUGAUGCAGCCACAGAUGAAGAGAGGGGCAGGCUCGAGGUUGUUGGAGAGUACCAUCUUGGAGAGUUUGUGAAUAGACUCCGGCAUGGUUCGCUCGUAAUGCGCCUUCCAGACUCAGAGAUGGGCCAGAUCCCGACGGUCAUCUUUGGCACAAUCAAUGGAGUUAUUGGCAUUAUUGCAUCCCUUCCACAUGACCAGUAUGUAUUUUUUGAGAAGCUCCAGUCCACUCUUGUGAAGUUCAUAAAGGGUGUUGGCAAUCUGAGCCACGAGCAAUGGCGGUCAUUCCACAACGACAAGAGGACGUCGGAGGCCCGUAAUUUCCUGGAUGGUGACCUGAUCGAGUCAUUCCUUGACCUAAGCAGAAGCAAGAUGGAGGAGGUGUCCAAGGGGAUGGGGGUUCCCGUAGAGGAGCUUUCCAAGAGGGUGGAGGAGCUGACGAGAUUGCACUAGGCCAAUAAUACGUACAAGGAGAAGAAGAUUGCUAGAACUUUGAUGAUAUGUAUAUUUUGCUAGUUUAAACCUCUGUUGUUCCGAACGUUGAUGCCGCUGGUCGCACAGGAAUGGACGUUCCUGUUCCAUGUGGUUGUAGCUUACUCAUUUUUUUUUUUUGGUUGGAUGCUCCAGUAACGUUUAUGA